AUGGCCGAUUUCGAAACCUACAAAGACAAGGGCUUCCAUGUUCCUCGGCGAUACAAGAUAGUCAAGGAACUUGGCUCAGGCUCGUACGGCACUGUCUGCCUGGUGAUCGACACCAAGGACGACCGCAAUGUCAAGCUUGCCGUGAAGAAGGUUUCCCGGAUCUUUGAAAAUCCAAUCUUGAUUAAACGGGCCAUUCGGGAGCUCCGGCUCAUGACCCACUUGCGAGGAAACCGCCACAUUGUCUCUCUUGUAGAUGUACACUUCGUGAAAGAUACAUACCCUGGACUUUACUGCUUCCAGGAGCUCAUGGAUUGGGACCUCACCCACGUUUUGUUUCUGCCCAUGCAAUUGCUGGAAUUCCACAUCCAGAGCUUUUUCUAUCAGAUCUUGCAAGGCCUCAAGUACACCCACAGCGCCAACAUCAUCCACCGAGACUUGAAACCAGGCAAUAUCUUGGUUGAUAGACACGGGACUUUGAAAAUUGCCGAUUUUGGCCUAGCCCGUGGCAUCACCACUUCUCCUGCCGCCUCGUGCCCCAUCACCAACUACGUCGCUACUAGGUGGUACCGAGCACCUGAGCUCUUGCUCAGAGAAAAGCACUACGGAAAAGAGGUGGACAUGUGGGCAGUCGGGGUGAUUUUGGGCGAGAUGUACGGGCGGCGGCCCUUAUUGCCAGGCAAAGACACCGUGGGGCAAAUGGUUCGUAUUAUUGAUUUGCUUGGUGAGCCAGACAAGAAUCUCGUAAAGAAGCGAGGGUGGAAAUUACCGUUGGGGAAAGUGCACCUUCUGUUUGGGCGCUUCAGUCCAGUGAGCUGGGGCGAAUUAUACCCAUUUGCGCUGCCCGCGGGGGUUCAGCUUUUGGAGAUGCUUCUCCAGUGGGACCCUGCUGCGCGGUUGACGGUCGAAGAGACCCUAGAGCACCAGUUUUUGGCGCCAGUGCGAGACCCUGCGGGCGAAGGAAGUGCGCCUGGGUUAUUUGAAUUUGGUCCCGAGGAGACAUGCGACGGUAUUCGGGCGCUCCAGAGGAUGCUUACUCGAGAAGUGAGGCGUUUUCAGGGAGAGAGGAAGACGGGUCCGGUGAAUUCGAAGUAG